GAACCCAUACAAACGGAACAAUUCUUGCUUCAGCUAGCGACUUCUUCAGAGAGAGUGCGAGUGAGGCUCGAGAAAGUUCCGAGUCGACUCAGUGAGCGAAGCGAAGAUGGCGAAUGAGCCAACUCGGAUAAUGCUGGGAGUGAACGAGUCGACCAUCAAGGGCUACCCGCACCCCUCGAUCAGCAGCAGGAAGGCGUUCGAGUGGACGCUCCAGAAGAUCGUGCGCUCCAACACCAGUGGCUUCAAGCUCCAGUUCCUUCACGUUCAAGUCCCCGACGAAGACGGUUUUGACGACAUGGACAGUGUGUAUGCAUCGCCGGAGGAUUUUAAAAACUUGAAGAACAGAGACCGAGCUCGAGGGCUUCAUCUGCUGGAGUUCUUUGUUGACAGAUGUCAUGCAAUCGGGGUUGCUUGUGAAGCAUGGAUCAAAAGAGGGGAUGCCAAGGAAGUAAUCUGCCGCGAGGUGAAGCGUGUGCAGCCAGACCUUCUGGUGGUGGGCUGUCGGGGUCUUGGUCCUUUCCAGAGGGUUUUUGUUGGGACCGUGAGCGAGUUUUGCGUGAAGCAUGCUGAGUGUCCGGUCAUCACAAUCAAGCGCAGUGCAGAGGAAACACCCCAGGAUCCUGUCGAUGACUGAAUGUUACCGGAAUGUGUAUGUUUUGUUUCUUUAAUUCCGUCAGUACACUUCCGGCACCAGACCCUUGUACCUAAAAACCAACUGGGAAUAAAUUACAUGUAUCGCAUCGGUCGUGUGAAUUUUAGUUCUUUCAAAUCGCAUGCAGAGGGAAUUACACUAAUAUGUCCGAUGAAACUUGAAUAUUUUGCGUUGUAUUGCAAUUAGUUUGGGAGCUCGUUUUCGAGCUUUCUUGUUCAUCAUCUUA